AUGUCUUCUCGAGCUCCACCGAAGGAUCUUCUUCAAGACAUGGUGGUCCCUCCACGUCAACUAUUCGGACCGGGACCUUCUAAUAUGGCUGAUUCGAUUGCUGAAACUCAGUCAAAGAACUUAUUGGGACACUUGCAUCCAGAGUUUGUUCAGAUCAUGGGAGAUGUUCGUCUCGGACUUCAGUACAUCUUCAAAACUGAAAAUAAGUAUACAUUUGCUGUUAGUGGAACUGGGCACUCUGGAAUGGAGUGUGCUAUGGUUAAUCUUUUGGAGCGAGGAGAUCGUUUCUUGGUUGUUGAAAUCGGACUAUGGGGUCAACGAGCUGCUGAUUUGGCCAAUAGAAUGGGAAUCGAAGUGAAGAAGAUCAGUGCUCCACAUGGGAAAGCAGUCCCAGUUGAGGAUAUUCGGAAGGCAAUCGCUGAAUACAAACCAAAUCUUGUAUUCGUUUGUCAAGGAGAUAGUUCAACUGGAGUUGCUCAACCAUUGGAAACAAUUGGAGAUGCUUGUAGAGAACAUAAUGCAUUGUUCCUUGUUGAUACUGUCGCUUCUCUCGGAGGAACCCCAUUCGAUGCUGACGCUCUAAAAGUGGAUUGCGUUUAUUCGGCAACACAGAAAGUUCUCAACGCUCCACCAGGUCUUGCGCCUAUCUCAUUCUCCGAUCGAGCCAUCGAGAAAAUCCGGAAUCGAAAACAACGUGUCGCCUCAUUCUAUUUCGAUGCAUUGGAAUUGGGCAACUAUUGGGGUUGUGAUGGAGAAUUGAAGAGAUACCAUCAUACUGCUCCCAUUUCGACGGUUUAUGCUCUACGUGCCGCCCUUUCUGCGAUUGCAAAAGAAGGAAUAGAUGAGUCGAUUCAAAGACAUAAGGAUAAUGCUCAAGUAUUGUAUUCUUCAUUGAAAAAACAUGGAUUGGAACCAUUUGUUGAAGAUGAGAACUUGAGAUUGCCAUGUUUGACGACUGUCAAAGUUCCAGAAGGUGUCGAUUGGAAGGAUGUUGCAGGAAAAAUGAUGACUAAUGGAGUGGAGAUUGCUGGAGGACUUGGUGCAACCGUUGGAAAAAUCUGGAGAAUCGGAACUUUUGGAAUCAACUCGAACAAAACAAAAAUCGAGAAUGUCGUUGAGUUGUUGUCCAAAUCCAUUGACGAGACAAGGUCUAAACUUUAA